AUGGCGGGCGGCGGCGGCUGCUGCCCGUCGCCGGGCGGCCUGAACGAGGACAACGCGCGCUUCGCGCUGCUGGCGGCGCUGAUCGUGCUGUACAUGCUGGGCGGCGCCGCCGUCUUCUCGGCCCUCGAGCUGCCCCGCGAGCGGGAGACGCAGCGGCGCUGGCAGGCCCGCCUCGACGACUUCUCGCGCAGCCACAACCUCAGCCUGGCCGACCUGCGCCGCCUCCUGUGGGACUACGAGGUGGCCUACGUGGCCGGCGUCCGCGUGCACGACGUGCGCCCCCGCUGGGACUUCCCCGGCGCCUUCUACUUCGUGGGCACCGUCGUCUCCACCAUCGGUUUUGGUAUGACCACACCGGCCACCAUUGCAGGCAAGCUUUUCCUGAUAUUUUAUGGCCUAGUAGGCUGUGCAGGGACCAUUUUGUUCUUCAACCUAUUCCUAGAGCGCUUGAUCACCAUCAUAGCAUAUGUCAUGAAGUCCUGCCAUGAGAGACAACUAAGGAGGAAGGGAGUCCUUCCCCAAGACACCCGGCAAACCACUGGGAAUCCUGAAGUGGACAGCUUAGCAGGAUGGAAACCGUCCGUGUACUACGUCAUGCUUAUCUUGUGCCUCGCAUCCCUCAUCAUCUCCUGUUGUGCCUCUGCUAUGUACACACCGAUUGAAGGGUGGAGUUACUUCGAUUCCCUUUAUUUUUGCUUUGUGGCCUUCAGCACUAUUGGUUUUGGUGAUCUGGUCAGUAGCCAGAAUGCCCAGUAUGACAGCCAGGGCCUUUACCGAUUUGGCAAUUUCAUCUUCAUUCUCAUGGGGGUAUGUUGCAUCUAUUCCUUGUUCAAUGUGAUCUCCAUUGUCAUCAAACAGUCCAUCAACUGGAUACUAAAGAAACUGGAAUGCAAGUUCUGCCAGAGAUGCCAAAGAAAACUCUUCAGGUCGCGAAGGAACGCUGUUGUGCCGGGGACCAUUCCGAGCCAGCGCAACAUGUCCAUUGAGUCAGACGGUGUCAUUGAGAGUGAGACAGAUGGACGCAGAAUGUCCGGCGAGAUGAUCUCCAUGAAAGACCUCUUAACUUCCAACAAAGUGUCAUUAGCCAUCAUGCAGAAACAGUUGUCUGACACUGCCAAUGGCUGUCCAAGACAAAUGACCUCUGUUUCUAGACAAAACGGAUUUGCUGGUGGAGUUGGUGCUUUGGGGAUUAUGAAUAACAGGCUGGCAGAAACGAGUACAGAUAGGUAA